AGCCCUGUUGGAAGACUUGUGUGACCAGCACUGCCUAGACAAAGACACCUGGACAAGCUCUGGUGGGCAGAAAAAUGUCUACCCGCUAUCACCAAGCAGCAAGUGACAGCUACCUGGAACUUCUGAAGGAGGCCACUAAGCGUGAUCUAAAUCUCUCAGAUGAGGAUGGCAUGACACCCACUCUCCUGGCAGCCUACCACGGCAACCUUGAGGCCCUAGAAAUAAUCUGCAGUAGAGGUGGAGACCCUGAUAAGUGUGACAUCUGGGGGAACACUCCUCUCCAUUACGCAGCCUCCAAUGGCCACACCCACUGCAUCUCAUUUCUAGUCAACUUUGGUGCCAAUAUCUUUGCCCUGGAUAAUGACUUGAAGUCUCCACUGGAUGCUGCUGCUAGCAGGGAGCAGAAAGAAUGUGUUGCUCUCCUGGAUAAGGCUGCCACCGUGCAGAACACCACGAACCCCAAAAAGGUCGCCAGACUAAAGGAACAGGCUCUAAAGAAUGCGAGGAGGCAGGUGAAAGAGUGUGAACGGCUUCAGGAGAAGCACCAAAACAAGAUGGCGCGCACCUAUAGCAAGGAGGAUUCUGGGACACUUUCCUCUUCCCGUAGCACCUUCUCUAGGUCAUCCCUUUCAAAUAUUUCUGCUGGUGGAUUUGGAUCACUGUCUAAAGGCAUUAAAGAUACCUUCAAGCUAAAAUCUAAGAAGAACAAAGAUACAACAGAGCAGAUGGGGACGGAUGGCAAAAAUGGGCAGAGGCCAGUGAUGGAAGUGUUCAGAGAGGAGGAAGAAGACUCACUUCCUAAGGACUUCAAAGAGAAGCUCCAUUUCUCAGCAGAAGAAGCCGGUGAUGUGCAACAUGAGUCUAUUCUCAACCGUCCAGGUCUAGGAAGUAUUGUUUUUAGUAGAAACAGAGUACUGGAUCUUGAGGAAAUCUCAGCGAGCAAGAGGGAAUUGGAGUUUAAAAUGCCCAGUGAGUUGUUCCAAAGACAAGGAGCACCAGGAGCCGAUGAAGAGGAGGAGGAGGAGGAGAGAGAGGCAAACAGCACUGCAGGUGAUCUUCCUUGGGAUGAAGAAGAAGUAGAAUGGGAGGAAGAUGCGGUUGAUGCCACUCCGUUGGAAGUGUUCUUGCAGUCUCAGCACCUGGAGGAAUUCCUUCCCUUUUUUAUGAGAGAGCAGAUUGAUCUAGAAGCUCUGAUGCUUUGCUCUGACGAGGACCUUCAGAAUAUCCACUUGCAGCUGGGCCCCAGGAAGAAAGUCCUUAAUGCCAUAGACAAAAGGAAGCAGGUGCUCCAACACCCCGGGCAGCUGGUUGACACCAGCCUCUGAUGGAGGGCAUCGAUUAACAGGGUAGCCUGAGCCGGGGGUCAUGCUGAGUUCCCCUUGAAACCACCCCAGGACCAACCCUGUGCCUGGUUUCUGUCUAAUGACAGACCACUGGGUGUAGGUGUUAAGUUUUAGAGAAGACCCUCUAAAACAGAGGCUCAGACUCUGGGAGAUACUCCCUAUCCAAAUAACCAUCAAUGAGAAAAGACCUUGGGAGACCUCGGAGCCGGAAAAUGUGUUUCUCUUCCAGACUUUGCAUUCUGUGCAGGCCAAAGGCUCUUACUACUUUGAAGCCCAAAACUCGACUUAAAUGGAUCUAGUCAUUUAACAGAUAUUUACAAACCAUGGGAUCGGGUUUACAGCAUUCCUGUCUGAGAAUCAUGGUGCGUAGCAAGUAGAGGGAUGGCAGAAAGACAAUGUGGGGUCCUUGCUGUGGGCUGGAUUCUAAAGUUCAGGUGUGGAAGCCCCAAACGCUAAGUGAGUGUUUUUGGAGAUAGUACUCUAAGGAUGUGAUUGAGGUCGAAUGAGGUUCUUAGGGUAGGUUCAUACUUCUAUCUGACUUAAAGGACACGGAAGAUGCCCCGAGGGUUUGUUCGCACCCCGAGAGAGGACGGCAGCCGGAAGGGAGCUGCCAACCAGCCAAGGAGAGGAACCGAGAAACCAAACCUGAUAGCAGUUUGGGCUUUCGACCUCCUGAGAAGUGAAAAAUAAAUGUCUAUUGUUUGAGCCA